UGGGAUUGUCCUCUCUGCGCCUGCGCAGUCCUCCUGUCGCCUCCCCCUCAGAGAAUGGCCGCCGCUGCAGCAGCAGGAAUAAACAAGCAGGGCGCCGUAGCGACGAUGGAGCCGUGUAUCCGCCACGGGAGAGGAGCUCACGGCGGGGCCACGGUCAAGGUACUGGAGUGUGGCGUGUGCGAGGAUGUCUUCUCCCUCCAAGGGGACAAGGUCCCCCGUCUGUUGCUCUGCGGUCACACGGUGUGCCACGACUGUCUGACCCGGUUGCCCCUCCAUGGCAGAGCGGUGCGAUGCCCCUUUGACAGACAGGUCACCGAGCUGGGGGAUUCUGGAGUUUGGGGUCUGAAGAAGAACUUUGCUCUUCUUGAACUCCUCGAGCGGCUCCAGAAUGGAGCCACAAAUCAGUCGGGGAUGGCGGAGGACGCCCUGAAGGGCAUGGGAGAAUGCAUCAUCCGCUGCGACGAGGACGAGAGCCACACGGCGUCCAUGUACUGCACCGUGUGCGCCACCCACCUGUGCGCCGAGUGCUCCCAGCUCACGCACUCCACCCGCACGCUGGCCAAACACCGUCGCGUGCCGCUGGCCGACAAGCCGCACGAGAAGACGCUGUGCCCGCAGCAUCAGGUCCACGCCAUCGAGUUCGUCUGCCUGGAGGAGGCCUGCCAGCCCGGGCCGCUCAUGUGCUGCGUGUGCAAGGAGUACGGCAAGCACCAGGGACAUAAGCACGCCGUCCUUGAGACUGAAGCCAACCAGAUCCGUGCGUCCAUUUUGGACAUGGCCCACUGCAUCCGCACCUUCACGGACGAAGUGUCCGAGUACUCGAGGAAGCUGGUGGGCAUUGUGCAGCAGAUAGAAGGCGGAGAGCAGAUCGUGGAGGACGGAGUCGGCAUGGCGCACACCGAACACGUCCCCGGCACAGCGGAGAGCGCACGCUCCUGCGUCCGAGCUUACUUCGCGGACCUCCACGAGACUCUGUGUCGGCAGGAGGAGAUGGCGCUGAGCGUGGUGGACGCCCACGUCAGAGAGAGGCUGAUGUGGCUGAGGCAGCAGCAGGAGGACAUGACCAUCCUGCUGUCUCAGGUGUCCACCGCCUGCCUGCACUGCGAGAAGACGCUUCAACAAGACGACUGCAGAGUCGUGCUGGCGAAGCAGGAGAUCAACUGUCUGCUGGAGACGCUUCAGAAGCAGCAGCACCAGUUCACGGAGCUGGCCGACCACAUCCAGCUGGACGCCGGCAUCCCCGUCACCUUCACGAAGGACAACCGGGUCCACAUCGGUCCAAAGAUGGAGAUCCGGGUCGUGACUCUCGGUCUGGACGGAGCCGGAAAAACCACCAUCCUCUUCAAGCUGAAACAAGACGAGUUCAUGCAGCCCAUCCCGACCAUCGGUUUCAACGUGGAGACAGUCGAGUAUAAGAACUUGAAAUUCACCAUCUGGGACGUGGGCGGGAAACACAAACUCAGACCGCUCUGGAAACACUAUUACCUGAACACCCAAGCGGUGGUGUUCGUGAUCGACAGCUGCCACAGAGACCGACUGAUGGAGGCUCACAGUGAACUCGCUAAACUACUGACGGAGAAGGAGCUGAGAGACGCCCUGCUGCUCAUCUUCGCAAACAAACAGGACGUUCCCGGCGUCGUGUCCGUGGAGGAGAUGACGGAGCUGCUGAGCCUCCACAAGCUGUGCUGCGGGAGGAGCUGGCACAUCCAGGGCUGCGACGCCCGCAGCGGGAUGGGCCUCCACGAGGGGCUGGAUUGGCUCUCCAGACAGCUGGUGGCUGCCGGCGUCCUGGACGUGGCCUAAACGUCGCCUCCUUCCCCUUCUUCUUCAUCAUCAUCAUCAUCAUCGCUCUUUUAACAACUAAACCCAGACCACCACCACCCCCCCAAAAAAAACACUAACUCCUGAGCCGAGUCUACGGCUUAAAGCCUCCUCCAUCUUUCCUUCUUUGCGUGCGAAGAAAACAAAGAUGUAAAUCUCUCGCUUCACUAAAGUCUGUCACACUCUCUCAGAAAUAAACUCAAAGACUACAAAUACUCCCAUCAUGCUUCAGUUCUAAGGCAGCUUAACACGGUCUAACACACUAUAAAAUGCUCCUCGCGCUCUGCCAGAUCUGUAUUUUCUAUCUUGCGUGACUCCUCGUAACCACAGCUAUACGUGACGUGUACGUAACUAAAUGCAGAGUCGUCUGUAACGUAAACUCCGGUCACGGUGCUGUUUUGGUCCGACUUGAAACCCCACCAGGAGCGUUUCAGAAGCCCGCCAAACUUUGUUUACCUGCUCAGAUUUGGUCAUUUUCCUGGUUUAUGUGCUUCUACGUGUCUAAAUAUGUUACGUAGCUACUUUGUUUCUCUCGUGUCUGUUUUUAUCACCGGCAGUUUGCACAAUUUUCGUGUUUUCUCUUGAAAAGUCGACCAGAUUCUCGAUGCUGUUCCUGCCUCUUGAAACCAGAAGCGCGUGCUUGUGUUUGGCCUCCUGUCAGCUCGAGGUGCUCGUCAAAAAUAGGACAGGCGCGUCGCGGAGGCCCGCUUCUGGUUACGCUUCGGGUGGUGGUUUAAAAACAUCGACUAGAACAGCGCACGCAACGUGGUGUGUCCGCGCCCGGUGGAUUUUGGGGGUAUUUUUGUCGACACGUUGGAUAAUUUAGCUGCAGAAACUCGACUUCCAGAGUGCGACAUUUCACGGCGGUCUUUAUUAAAUUAUGUUUUGUAUUUAAUGCCACAGCUGGUCUUGAAAUGGCGCCACCUGUAGAGUUUUCCGUUACAGAACAAACUUUCUGUUGUUGUUGUUGUUGUUUACUGAACUUUAUUUAUGAGCGGGGAGAGCGGACGUUACUUCGACACGAGGACGAGUCCUCCGUUACUUUAUUAUUUUUUGGUGAAGUGUUUCGCACGCAGAGUUCGUGUCAGGCCUUGUUCACGUUAACUAUCUGCUGUUUGUUGAGUCGACUCAAAUAUUAAUCCAAAAAAAAUAAUCUGUUGGAUCUGUCCGCAGGAGCAGGUACACCUUUUAAUCAGCAGCCUUCAGUGAUGUAAUGUGAAACUUAGUGAAGCAUUUAAAACCUAACACUGACACUUCUCGUCUUAUUAAAAAUAAAAAAAAACUUUGAUUUGAAUCUUUAUUCAUUGCUAUGUAAUGUUUACGACUUGUAUCUAUGUAUAAAAAUACAAAUAAAAUAAAAAAAAAACUGCACGUGUGAAACGCCUUCCCGGACGUCUGCGACGACAUUUCCAUGUUUUCUUUCAAACGUAGAAGCACAACGCGUGUCGAAACCUUUGUUACCAGUGGACUUGAUAAUGGCUUUUUGUAAAUUAUUCAUAAUGUGAUGCUGUAAAAUAAAAAAACUUAUUGACCUCA